AGGCUAAUACAUUUACUGUGGUAAAUCACACCAUUGAAAAGUUUCUGAAGGAGAUUGAUUCAAAAGUUGAAUUUAUCAAGACGGAUGUAAAAGUGCAGCCAAGAAGACUGAUAGAUGGAGCAGCAACAGAACGUAAAAAUGUCACAGGAAGUCAACUGGAGGAAAAGCACAAAGAAGUACCUCAAUUUGGAGCCGAUGCUUCUAAAUCAUCAAUCAGUAGAUCUAUAACAGGACUACAAGGCAGCUCCAAGGUCACACAUUCAAACAUAACCGGACUACACAAAGGUAAUACAUACAAUAACUGUAUGUUUGUGACAGCAAGCGAGUGGAGCAUCACAGGUAUGCUGAAACGAGUUGUAUCUAAACUGUUUCAACUACGCAUCAAAGAUUUUACCUUCUUUAAGGACGAGAUGGAAGAAUGUUACGAUGCUACACUCCAAGAAAUAACACAAGGAUGUCUGAUAUUUCACUUUGCACACAAGUCGAGGGGAGAUGCUUUGAAAAUGAUAAUCAAACACAAGCAGGUGAAAGAACAAAUUCUACACUUUCUCCGUAAUUUUGAUGCGGAACUGACAGAUAUUUGGAUGCAGGUGAAGUUGUGUCAACCCUCUGGUCACAAGUUAGUUCAAAUGGAAUUGGCAAACCUGAAGAAGCGUUACACAGCCAUGAAAAGAGAGGUGGACAGCAUUAAAGGACAAAUAGAUGCAUUGGAAAAUGAUCACUGGCAAAGACAAAUAAACUUCCUUUUUGAAGAAAUGGACGUGUUGCGGCUUUUUUCUGUAAAAUCAAAGCGCCCCAUGACUGAACUUGAUCGAAAGGAAAAGGCACUUCGACAUCUUCCAGUUGACGACCUUUCACCAGUGUGUGGGGGUCGGGACCUCCUGGCGAUUAGGAUGAAACCUCAACUCAUGGAGUUUAAACAGAGAAUACAUGGACAGAAAGAUGUUCUGUGCAGCAUAAAAGAGUUUCUAGUUGAAGACAAGAUCCUCAUUGGGUAUUUCCAGGCUACAAAAGAUUCUUGGAUAAUGAAACAGCGGCAAACAGAGUUUUUUAGAGAACAGUCUGAUGAUGCCACAGCCUUAAACCUUGAAAGGGAACUGGAACGCGUCACCAAGCAGUUGCAGGUAAAGAUGGAGAGAAACAGUGAAAGAGAUUCCGGAGACAAAGAAAAAGAUGAGACGAAGACAGGGGGCGUGGGGCAGAUGGCAAUACAGUUCCAGGAUAUGAUGAAAAGGGCCGAAGAUAUGGACGAGUCUCAAAGCAGUCUAGUUGAAGAGCAAUCUAUGUCAAAGGAGACAUUGAGUGAUGACUACACUGCAAGUCAAGAACGGGACAUGAGAGCUGCAGAGACACAAAUAUGUAUUGCAGAGGUCGUCGAACAAGAGAAGAUGUUGCUGACCUUAGAGCAGGAACAUGACCUCCAAAAACGACACCUUGAUUCGCUGUACUGUGACCUUCCUGAUGAGUGGCUCAUCAAAGUGCACUACCUACAGAGACACCAGGAUGUCUUGUCCCUGUACGACGUGGACCUGCCGGAAGUCAUCAGUGAGAUGGUCAGACCCGGACCUUCCCACAUCCAGACAGCCAAGUUAGAGAUUUCUCCAGAAGAUGAAAGCCACCAGAGGCAUGUGAAGAGAAGUCAGAUUGCCAAGCUGAGGCGGUUUCAACAGGGGUUGCUGAAGGAGAGUGACCUGUUUGACAUCAUAGGAAACAUGAUUGUCGAUGAUGAAGACCACCUCGCCUCUUUACAAGCACUGAAUGGGCCUGUGUAUUUGGUGGGGCCAUCCUCUCUUCAGGUUGUGUGUCCUAAACUACAUCUGGACGCCGCUCGAGCCAACACAGAGGCGUGCCACGUAACUACAGACAGUGAGCUGGUCAACUCGGAGCUCGACACACGGUCACAUGACAGGCGCAGGCUACAGGAGUAUAUGGGGACCUGUGCCUCCACCCCCAUCCCCCUUUCUCCACCCCACACCGCUCCCACCCCGGGAUACAGCACACCCAGAUACUGGGAGACACGCACUAGGGUGCGGGUGGUGAGUGGGGGAGAGUGGUAUAUCCUGGAGAUGGGGGUGGUAGAGGCAGGACAGGUGGACAGUGGGCGGUGGGUUUCUCUACAGCGUCGCUCCUGGGGUGUCCGUGUAGCGAGCUGUGGCAGACACGGGAAGAGUCUCUGUACCGUGGUGUGGCGGGAGGGGGAGCGGGGCAAGUGUCACCAGAACACCAUGUCAUUCACUCGCGGCACACAGGCCACCCUCCACUAUGGCGUGGUGCUGGAUGUGGGGAGGGACAGACUCGCCUUCAUUGAUCUCAACAGAGGGAUUGUUUUAGCGAAGUUUGAUGAGAGGUUCCGGCAAGACCUGUACCCCGUGUUAGGUGUUUCUGAUUUCUGCACUGUCAACAUGGAGCUGAUCAGCGGGGACAACAUCGCCAUCACUGACACCAAGAUGUCACUGAUUCAUGACGCGCUGACAUAGGAAAUAAACAAGACAUGAGACUGUGUGAAGUUAUCAGUGUAACCAGAGACCAUAUAAUAGAUUAUUGUAUGGUUUCUGGUGUAACUGAGAGAGAUAUAUCAACUGUUUCAAUGACGUGUACGAACUGAGAGAAGCGGACAUAUAAGUGUCUGGUUUCUAUGUUAUUUCAUGUUCACAAACAGUAACGAAGUUUGCAAAAUGUGAUGUUUUGCUGCACGAGAGGGUUGUACAGUGUAUACAAAGUAUUUAGAAUUCUCACAUGACUAUCUUUAUGUUGAAAUUAUUGCUGUAGUGACUUCCAACAUGAGACACUGUGUGAUGUUUUGAGAGUGAUGUGAUAUGAAAAUUAGUGAAGUGAAGUUUUACAAAAAAUGUUUCAAAUAGCAAUUUUCUUCAUUUCACAUCACUUGCCUGUGAAUUAUAACUGUUUUGAAUCGAAACAUUAAUAGUUUCAUCAUCAGAAUGUUUUUGUAGCAGCUUAAAAUAUGACACAGUGUGUGGUUCUCUGAUCAUGACAUGCGUGCGAGAGCACAAGAUUGACAACAGAUUUCUUUAUUUCACUUCACUUGCCUGUAGAUUACACAUGUAUUUAAGAACUGAACAUCAGUUUGGAUGGGUUCAUUGAAGUGUCAACAAUUUAAAAGCGCUGGUUAAACUGUGUUUAAGUUUCACCAGCGCCUUGUGGAAUGUGAACUGGUGGGGAUUGAACGGAGUGCUCUGAAACUCGCGUGUUUUGUGUUAAUUUUCAAGGUCAAGGUGUGUUAUAUUUGGAGUUUGGGAUUUGUCGUGUAUGCUGUAAUACUUUGCUUACCUGAUGCCAGCUUCGUUUCUGUGCCCCGUCCUUCCUCAUGUGCCGCCGCUUCUCGGCCUAGAAUACGCACACGAAGAAGGUCGACCAACUCAGAAACCGGACUAGUAGUUCCGUCAACGGGCAUUUUCUCGUCUCUGAUGACAAGGCGACUAUGUUUGACGUAAGAGGCGACUAAC